AUGGUCUUGCGAAGUCUAGUUUGGAAACAGGUCGUUUCUGCCCAGACAUGCAAGAGAUUCAGCGCUUCCGCCGCAAGCUCAGAUGCAGCUUCGGAUGUCCCGCCAAAGAGGCCUCUCAGCAACCGGAUUGUCGCCGGCCCCGGCUCUACUGGCGGCAAGUCUAUCGAUCCAACGACGUUUUACAAGUCCAUCUCGCACAGUGAGCGGCAAAAACGGUCGCAAGAACGGGACUUUCUGGUGUCCGUACUCUCCUCGUCGCCGACAAAACGGGACGCCAAGAAAUACCUCCAGACCUUUGGUGGCGACAAUGUGUCCAAGGCGUUGAGCGUGUCGAAGAAGGCACCGCACCUCGAGCUGCAGCUCCGGCAACAAGCCCAGGCCGACAUGACAGAAGCAGACGGCUCGUACUAUGCUGCCGACAGUAUUCGCUCCGUCAGUAGCAGCCCGCGCUUUGUCCAAGGACCGGAAAGGAGAAAGGUCCUCCUGCCAGUCGCGGCCGACCGACCGCACGUGGCCAUCGUGAAGCUACAAGACCCCGACAGCCUCGACGAUGCCACUCUCGGCGAACUGGCCAAGACGUUUGUCCAGCUGCGGGCUCUGGGCCUCAUCAGCGUCAUCGUCGUCGGUCGGACUACGGCGGAUGGCCAUGCCCAGCACGGAUGGCUUGACUACGUCACCCACGAGACCCUGCGUGUUGCUGCUGCCAUCGACCAGUACGGCGAUCCGGUCACAUCGCUGGUCGACUCGUCGGUGUCUAUCGACGACAGUAUGGUGGAGACGCAGCAUCAGAAUCUCAAAGGCUCUCCCUUUGUGCCCGGACAGGUAUUCAUCGACAGAGCGGAAUCCCUGAUGCGACCGCUGCGAAAUGGAGACAUUGUCGUCAUUCCUCCUUGCGCAUACUCCACAAAGCAAUGCGAGGCUAGACCCGUGGCCGCUGACGACAUUGUCCUCGCACUGACUAAGUUCUUCUCCGGGAUCCACCCGCAGCCAGACACUGCCGCUGAUGCAAGCCAACUACACGGCAGGCAGCCGCAACCGCAAGGCACUGUGCCACGGACCGCAGCCGUCGUCGACCGGAUCAUCGUGAUCGAUCCUAUAGGUGGAACGCCAUCAAAACGCCGGCCGAACGGCGCCCAUUUGUUCCUCAACCUGGAGGAAGAGUACCAGCAGGCCAAACUGGCCCUCGACAAAAUGAGGCUGAGGGUGCCCAAGUCGACUGGCCGUGUUUCUUUGGAAGAAACAGUGUCGCCAAGAGAGGUCGCCAGCCGGCACAAGGCCAACCUGGACAUUGCCAGACAGGCCCUGGCACUUCUGCCCUCGUCUGCGUCUGCGCUGCUGACCACACCCGCCGAGGCGGCCAACCUCGUCUCACCGGAACGAGAUUCUGUCGAUGAUGCCGAUGUCUUUGGCUACGUCGGAAGCGUAGGAACCCGUCGCAGCCAAAACCCGCUCAUUCACAAUCUGCUCACCGACCGGCCUGUCUUCUCAUCGUCUCUUCCUCUGGGAAGAAUCAAGCCCAAGACCAAGAUACCCGCCAGCGGCGCCACGGGUGACAGCACGUUACCACGCAUGGCCCAGACGACGCUGGUCAAGCGUGGGAUGCCCUUGACUGUUUUUCCGGACCCGCGCAAGACUCCCUGGAAACCCCCGGUUCCUGGCGGACCCCGUCUUCGGCUCACGGACACAUGCAUCGACCUGCCGCGCUUAGUGCACCUCAUCAACGACUCGUUCGAUCGCGAACUCGACGUGGAGCACUAUCUUCGGCGCGUGGAAAACUCUCUGGCCGGCGUCAUCAUUGCCGGCGAGUACGAAGGUGGUGCCAUCCUCACGUGGGAGCGGCCAGCCGGCCUCGACGAGGAAACGGCCUUUCGAACAGGCCGGCUGGUGCCGUACCUGGACAAGUUUGCCGUCCUGAAAAAGAGCCAGGGCGCCGGCGGCGUGGCUGACAUUGUGUUCACGUCCAUGGUGCGAGACUGCCUGCCCGACGGUGUUUGCUGGCGCAGUCGCAAGGACAACCCGGUCAACCGGUGGUACUUUGAGCGGUCGCGCGGCAGCUGGAAGCUCGACGGCGUCAACUGGACCAUGUUCUGGACAAGCCCGUGGGAGACUGUGGGUGAGAGGGGCAUCUGGGACUACCAAUCCGUCUGCCGCAACAUUGAGCCAUCGUGGGCCGACAAGAAACACAUAUUGGACUAG